AUGUCGUCAAAUGAAGAUAAUCAAGAUUAGGAUUACCUAAAGUGUUUAUACAAUGUAUAAUAAUAAUAUUCCAAGAAUUAUCAUUAAGUUGAUAACAUAUCAUUAUUUCAAAAUAAAAAUAACUAGAUACUUUUCCUACAAGUUUAAUCUAAACCAUAAAAGAAUACGAUGUUAAUUCAAUUGAUUAUUCCACUGAAAUUUAUGCUGAAACAAGAUAAUACCUCAUUUCAAAAAUAUCAUAAGAGGUUAGGAUUAUAUAAUUUUUGAAAUUCUUAGUUAAUUUAACUAAGAAAGAUAAUAAAUUCAUAAUAUGUGGAUCUAAUGCAUUUAGUAUAUUGUUCGAAAUGAAUGCUAAUCUAACAAACUAAAAUUUUGAAAAUAUUUAAACUUAAAAUACUUCUUUAAUUGGAGGUAAUUUUGCAAAAUGCAAUUUAUCAAAAUCUAAAUUUUUUAAAGUCAAUAUCAAUGGAAUUAAUUUAGGUGGUGCUGAAUCGUUUGAUGGUAAUUGGAAAUAAUUUUUUCGAUUGAUGAUCAUUUGAUGGUCAUAGUGAUAUUUAUUAUUUAGUCUGUUUCUCUCCUGAUGAAACUCUAAUAGCAUCUGGCAGUAAGGAUAAAUCUAUCCGUCUAUGGGUUGUUAAGACAGCUGAAUAAAAGGCCAAAUUAGUUUGUCAUGCUUAGCCAGUCUACUCAGUAUGCUUUUCUCCUGAUGGAAAUUCUUUAGCUUCUGGGAGUUAUGAUUGGUAUAUCCGUUUAUGGAAUGCCAAAACAGGAGAAUAAAAAGUUAAAUUGGUGUCCUAUAAAUAAAAGUUGCCAAAUAACUUGAUGAAAAAAGAAAAGUUGCUUUUAUACAUACAUCUGAAAUAGGGAAUUGGGCUGGGAUUUGCUACUUGUUUUGAGACAGAAUUAUUCUGA